AUGAAUUUUCCAGUGGAGUUUUCUGAAGAAACAAAAAAACAAGUCGCUUUAUGGCGUGAUAUUAUUCAAAAUAAACAUAGGGAUGAUGGCGAUGAAAUUUUUUGUAACGACCCAUUAUUAAUAAUCGAAUAUAAUCAACCGGGUCUCGCAGUCAGAAACAUCACGGAAAAUGAUGUUAGCGCAGUGAUCAGAGGAACUCCAAACUAUAUUCCUAUCGUAUUUCCAAGGGCAGACCUGGUACAAUCAAAUUCUGUAUUCGCAUUUAACGAUAUGCAGACAAUGGAAGAUGCUAUUGCACGAUUAUUUGAUAACUAUAAUAACUUUGUGACAGGACGACAAGAUCCUAUUGUUGGACGGGUAUAUUGGGUGCAAUUUCGCAGGGACAAUACAUUUGAAGUUUGUGAACGAGGACAUGUUUUUAAUUGA